UCCACCUCUGGCUUGGGCUGCUGACGCUCAGACUAACUUCUAUAAAACUCGGGCCUCUUCCUUCCUUCUUUUCUUGUCCUUCCCUGGUUUGGUAUGAGGGCUAGAAUCACAGUCAGGUUCCAGGAAAAGACUCUUGUUUUACUGAUGGGGAACUGAGGGGCAGCCAAACUGAUCCCUGGGAGGGCGUCUGAGACACAGCUGUGUCUUCCUCCGGGAACCUCAGCUCUCAAAAACUAUAGGAGAAAACUGGAAAGUUUUCCACUCUGUCUCUGCCCUGGAUUUGCAUUUCAUCCUCAGGGGUUUUUUGUCUUAAUCCAUCUGAGCACUGAGUGUCUAUCCUGGGCCGUGCACUGGGUUGGGGACAAUAGGAAUACCAAGAGGAAUAGGACAUUCUCCAGGGAGCUUCCUGUUGAGUAGAGGAGGCAGGGGCGUAGAAGAGGAUGCAGGAGACUGAGAAGAACGGGGGAAACCUGGCGGCCAGCUCCCCACCGAGGGCCAGGGCCGGAGGCUGGUUGGCUGACAGCACCCUGUUCUCUGUUGCAGAAGUCAGCAUGGCCAAAGUCCCUGACCUGUUCGAAGACCUGAAGGACUGCUACAGUGAAGAUGAAGACUACAGCUCCACCAUGGACCAUCUGUCUCUGCAUCAGAAAUCCUUCUACACCACGAGCUACCACUCACUUGGUGAGACCUGCGUGGACAAGCUGAUGUCUCGGAGCACCUCAGAAACCUCAAAGACAUCCAAGCUCACCUUCAAGGAGAGCCUGGUGCUGGUGUCUGCCAACGGGAAGACCCUGAAGAAGAGGCGGCUGAGCUUCAAUCAGCCCAUCUCCGAUGACGACCUGGAGGCCAUUGCCUACGACCUAGAAGAAGAGCCCAUCAAGCCCCGGUCCGCAUCUCGCCUCCUCCAGAGCAACGUGAGUUACACCUACAAGAGGAUCAUCCAAAAGGAGUUUGCCCUGAAUGACCCCCUCCAUCAGAGUAUAAUCCAAGACCCGACAUCUCAGUACCUCAAGGCUACGUCAUUAACUGACCAGGACCAGGAAGUGAAAUUCGACAUGGGUGCCUACAUUUCAACAACAGAGGAUUCCAAAUUUCCAGUGACGCUAAGAAUCUCUAAAACGCAUCUCUUCGUGAGUGCCCAAGAAGAAGACGAACCUGUGUUGCUCAAGGAGAUGCCAGAGACACCAAAAACCAUCACAGGGAGCGACACCAACCUCAUCUUCUUCUGGGAAAGUCACAGUGACAUGAACUACUUCACUUCGGCCGCCCAUCCCGAGCUGCUUAUUGCCACAAAGGAGGACAGUGUGGUGCACAUGGCCAGGGGCCUCCCCUCGAUGACAGAAUUCCAGAUUUCGUAAAACCAGCCUCCGCGGUGGGGUUCACUCCUCUGUGAGGUGGUGACAGUCCGUAUGUACCGUGUACAUGAAGGAGUCGAAUUCUUUACUCUCAGUGACGUGCUGAGAAUGGGCUGAGCCUUUGUAAUUCUAAAUGAAUGUUUACCCUCUUUGUAAGAGAAGCACUGACAUAGGAGGCUAUUUGUUAGUUAGAGAACACCCUAUACUUUGCAGAGUACCAGUCAUUUUAAUUAUUCUUCUUCAUAACAUUCUUAAGGAGAGCCACAGGGCUACUGACUAUGGCUACCAAAAAAGAUUCUACCCACAUUACAGUUGGGUUAACUAAGGCAGAAAAAAACACAGCAGCACUUGGAAUUAGAAGCCACAGACCCAGGACUUCAUUCCCUCUAUGUCCCUUCUGCUUCCAAGUUGUUCUUGGACCCUUAAUCAAAUAGGAAAAGUUUCUGGGACCUCAGUUUUAUUGUUUUCAAGAGAGUGGGAAUAAACAGGCACAGGGGUGCACCCCAGUAAUCUCAGCCAUUCAGGAGGCUGAGGCAGAAGGAUCUCUAGUUCAAGGGCAGCUUCAGCAACUUAGCAAGACCCUGUCUCAAAAUGAAACACAAAAGGCUGAGCAUGUGGCUCAGUAGUUCAAUCUCCAGUACCCUCCCCACCAAAAAAAUAGUUAAUUAAUUAAAAGGUUUUUUAAAGGGGAGGAAUAAUACCUUUAUCUUUCUGCCUCAAUGGUUUUUUUAAUACGAAUCAGUGAGUGAGGUCCUUUUUUUUUAGUAAACUACCUCUUGAAGCUGGGCUUAAGAAAGAGAGACCUUGGAAUGUUAUUUAUGAAGUAUUAUUUAUAUAUAUGUAUGUGUCUAUUUAUUAACAUAUUUAAGAUAAUUAUAAGUUAUUAUUAUAUUUAUGGCCACUCCCUGCUUCCUCGAGGUAUCCUCGGCAGCAGCGAAGGUCCUCAGUCUGAGUUAGGUGUGGUUACAUCAGGACGCGCUGGUCCCGGCUGUGCUUUUCAUAGCCACACAGCCCUGCAUUCUAGUACCUGGGAGCCCUGUAAUUAUGGUAAUAAAUUUAUAUUUAUUAUCCUGUGUGUGUGAGCUAAUAAUUAGGCUGGUCUUUCACUCCUCUGCCCUUCGCCUUGCCUGAGCAUUCUCUAUCUUUCAACCUCACCUGUCAUCAAGUCUCACUACGUAAAACAGGAGGAACUCAGCUUUGGCAACCACAAACCCAAUGUUACCUAAACUUUAUUUUCAGGACUACAAUUGACAUUUCUAUUGGAUUCUAAAAAUUGUCAUCAAAUUAUCACCAUGCUACUACACUAUUAUCUCUAAGAACGAUUGAUAUCUUAUUAUCAAUCAUAAUUCAAUAAAGCAUCAAAUUUGAUCUGAGA